UUGCUCAUCCACUCUUUUCCACGCUGUAUUAAGUCCCUAUUCCUCCGUGAUGGUUUAACGACUCAUCGUGGAGCGAAGGUGACUCUGGGUGCCGAACUGCGAAAUACAGCGGAGGUUCAACCUCCAGCACGGUCUCCCAAGCUGAGAAGGAGCUCGACGUUUCCGGUCCCCGGAUGCCCAGCUAAGAGUAGGCUUUGCCAGAAGCAUCACCGUCUGGCUGAUUCAGCCGCUAGUGGCUCCCUGAUCCACAUAAGGUCAGCGAUUGCCUGUAGGAAAGCUUGGCGGGGCCCGGGCAAGGCUCUGCUUUUGUUUGCGGAGAAGUCCUUUACUGUCCGUACGCAAGAGAAAAAGAAGCCCUGCACACUUGAUCACAUCUACGGCGUCGGAUAUCAUCCCAGUGUCAAAUUGCACAGGACGCCAUGA